UGCCCAACAUCCAUCCCUGCACACUAUGGUCUGGUUGGGGAGCUGGCAGGCUUGUUCUGUCAUGGAGGAACUAAGUCACUUGUCCAUGCCUCAUCCCCUUGGGAGCCUGUUUCUCAGAGGUACCAGAAAUAAGGGACCUCAGACAUCUGCUGUGAGCGCUCUGAUAAUUAAUGAGCGAAGGGACCAAAUCCAGGACCAGCACCACUCUCUGCCUCUGGACCUCAGUUCUCUCACCUGUAAAGGAACCGAGGCCCCUCCGACGGGACUGGUGCCCGCUUAGGAGGGUGCCCUCCCGGUUCUGGAACGGGCGCCCAUGAGCAUCAGGGCCCCAAGAAAAUUGGCCGUGGGCAGAGUGAGGUUCUACGGUCAACACCACGGGGAGGUCAACUGCUCUGCCUUCUCCCCUGAUGGCCGGACCCUGCUCACAGCCUCAGAUGAUGGUUGUGUGUAUGUAUGGGGGACGAAGAAUGGGCGACUGCUGUGGAGACUGGCAGGCCACAGAGGCCCAGUUAAGUCUUGCAGUUUCUCUCCUGAUGGCCGCCUCGUUGCCAGCUCCUCCUGUGACCGCACCACCCGCUUGUGGGAUGUGGCAAGAUCCAAGUGUCUACAUGUGCUGAAAGGUCACCAGAGGAGUGUAGAAACCAUCAGCUUCAGCCCUGACUCAAAGCUGCUGGCAUCAGGUGGCUGGGACAAGAAAGUGAUUGUCUGGGAAGUGCAGUCGGGUUGCAACGUGCACCUCUUGGUUGGGCAUUGUGAUUCCAUCCAGAGCAGUGACUUCUCUCCAACCUCGGAUUCUCUGGCCACUGGUUCCUGGGACUCGACUGUGCAUAUAUGGGACUUGCGGGCAUCAACCCCAGCUGUGUCCUACCACAAUUUGGAGGGCCACACUGGCAACAUCAGCUGCUUGCGCUACUCAGCAUCUGGUCUCUUGGCAUCUGGCUCCUGGGACAAGACCAUCCGUAUAUGGAAGCCUACAACCAACAAUCUGCUUCUUCAGCUCAGGGGCCAUACCACCUGGGUGAAUAGCUUAGCCUUUUCUCCCGAUGAACUAAAGUUGGCCAGUGCUGGUUACUCUCGUGCGGUGAAAGUCUGGGACUGCCUCACAGGAAAAUGCCUCGAGACCCUAAAGGGCAAGCUGGAUGUGGCCCAUGCCUGCAUUUUCACCCCAGAUGGCAAACUCUUAGUGUCAGGGGCUGCUGAUGUGACAAGAUGACAAGUCUGCUCAAAGUCAAGAACCUCUUCCAUGUAGCUUACCCACGGGCCUAAGGUAACUAAGAACGCAGCCACUAGAUCUGUGGCAGGGACUACUCUACCCCAUCCCAUAAGGCUGUCAUCUGCUAUAGGCACGAGGUGACCUGUUUCCCACCUCGUCCCAAGGCCCCAGGUGGCCAGUGUAAAACAGAAGCAGAAAU